GGCAGAAACCCGGAUUCCGGUUCCGGUGGGCCUCUUGAGCCCGCUCCAGCGCUACGUGUCCUUGGCAUUUUAGGUGUCGGUUGGGCAGGCAGUCAUGGAUCAGGUAAUGCAGUUUGUUGAGCCAAGUCGGCAGUUUGUAAAGGACUCCAUUCGGCUGGUUAAAAGAUGCACUAAACCUGAUAGAAAAGAAUUCCAGAAGAUUGCCAUGGCAACAGCAAUAGGAUUUGCUAUAAUGGGAUUCAUUGGCUUCUUUGUGAAAUUGAUCCAUAUUCCUAUUAAUAACAUCAUUGUUGGUGGCUGAAUACAUUUUGGAAGAGAGUUUUUCAUCUUAGAGAUUGGUGAACAAGUAUGAGGCUGUGAGAAGCUCACAGAAUACAAAUUUGCCUCUAUGUUUUGUGGGGUUUUUUUGCUUUCAAGAUGUUUUCUAUUUCUAAAUUAAAGUAAUUUCAAAGUAAA